GCGAGAAGCUUGCUAUUGUGGUGCGAUUAUGGGGCACGGUUCAACGGGUUAUGGUUAGUGCAAGUAGUAAAAUGGCGGACACACGGAGCACCCUUUUGGAGUGCUCCGUAAAAAUCCGGCAAGGGAGAAAGUGGAAAACAAGAUGGUGUGUGAUGUCGAGACAAAGUCCAGUUUCGGCCGAAGUCAUUCUGAAGUUCUACAAGGACCAGAAUGCCCUGUUGAACAACAAGGAGCUGGGUCGUGAGCAGGUUUGCGUCUCAGCUGCCAACUACAAUGGUCUGGAAUACUGCUACAGAUACCCCAAGAACAUCCAUGUCCUGACGAUCGUUCUUUCCCAAGCCGUCAUCUUGCUGUCGUUUGAAACUCAUGAGAGGUUGUUGGAAUGGUACCACAAGAUAAAGAAUACAUUACCUUCAGCUGUUGAAUUCAAGAUCAGGGUAUCGAUUCCCAGCAAGGGUAAGCUGCCCUCGGGUCGAGCGGCUUUCUACUUCUACAAUAACCACUUUGCCAUCACGCCAGAAACUCCAACCAGACUUAUUUGUGCCUGGAAUCUAAAGCAUGUCAUCCGCUAUGGAAGCUUUGAAGGGGGAUUCGCCUUCUCAGUCAAAGUCCUCCACUCUGCAAAGAGCAGCAACCAUCUUCUUCUUGUCGAUGAUCCGGAAAUCAUCAAGAAUCAUUUCGAUGCUGCCACGCUCAAACACUUGCCAAGUCGAUGGUCCACUCAUUCCGAACCAAAUCCAGCAAAUCGUGAUGAAGAGCAAGGCACGCUCGCUGCCGAGAGGCAAAGGUUACUCAAUGCAAAUGCCAAAGACAUUAGAUAUGCUUCAGAACAAAGGGGGGAGCAUGAAAGAACGAUGGAAAGAAUUUUGGAAAGAACGAUGGAGAGUAAAGAAAAUGAAGAACCGCAUGAAGGAGAUGCUCUUAUGUCUGGAGCAGACCUGAAUAGAAAUAUGCAGUUUCAUUCAGAUUUGAGAAUGUCCAGAGAAGUAAUUGAAUUGUCAGAUAUGGGAAUGCGAGAGAGCCAGUCGUGGACAAGUGUGGAUAGAAGUGUGGAGGGAAGCUCUCAAAGUAGGACAGAAGGAAACUCGAGAAGUAAUCUGUCGGGAGAGGAGACUGCGUUUGAGCAUGAAAUGUUGCUUUGUCCGCAAAAGAACACUCCCAUCAGGGAGCAGGAAUAUGAAGUGAUGGCUUCCUUUGAUCAUUAUCGAUCAUCGAUUCAUGAGGACGUGGACAGUGGGAGGCCCUGUCAACAUCGAAGUCACCUCGAAGGCAACAAAGAGACUCAUUCGACGAGUCACAGUAGAAGCCAUCGAGGAGGAGGAGGUACGGGUGGAAGCCAGAGAUGUAUCGAGGAUCUUUGCAACACGGGCAGAUUCAAACUGCCCCAUGCAGCGACUCCGGAUGAAAGAGAGUAUGUCAACUUGCCAAGUCCGAAAAGGACACUCUCCAAUACACUUCCCGCUUGUAGAAGCAAAAGGAGCACGCAAGUGCUUCUUACCUUGCCAAAACCUGAAACCUUGGAAAGCUUUAAUUAUUCGCCACCUUCUUCCCCUCCACCCCCUCCUCCUGUCCAUAAACGAACACACAGCAGCUUCACUUCUCUGAAGGAGACUAGCAUCCAUGUAGGAUUGUAUCCAAGUUUAGAUUUCACCGGGGACCCCUUUGGAUCACUUCCAGAAGAUACAAACAUUCUUGUUCCUAUUCCGUUUGACCACGCCACUCUAGUGAAACCCGUAGGUCCAAUAGCAAGGUUAAAAAGGAACUCCCAGGACAGUGAGACUUCAUCUUACAUAGCCAGUGGAUCGGACUAUGACAGUUCUCAUUACUCCAGUGCAGCAAGCUCGCGACACAACAGCUUCGAUCGCGACACCUUCCUACUGAAGCCUCCUCCCGUGCCGCUCAAGUCGGCCAACCUGCGACUGCCAUCCAUCGAAACGCUACUGUCCAAUCACCCUGAAAACUUCAGCAGUGAGAGACUGAAGAUUGCUGGACUAUCAAGAACUUCAUCACCUUUGCAAGACAACCUGCCACCUAUCCCACCAAAACCAGAUCAUCUUCGUGGUAGACCACUCCCUAGAGGUCCACCAUCACCGAUCAGUCCGACUGGGUGCCCACCUUUCCUUCCUCCCAGAAAGCGAUGCAAUACUGUUCCUUCUUUCACAACCGAAGAGGGCGACACUGAAUGGGUGGAGUUGCCAGACGAGAAAGAUGAAGGUUACCUCAUCAUGAAGCCUGCCUACGACAACAAGCUCAAAUCCAUGCACACAAGAAGCAAGAGUGUACCGGACGAGGAAACGGCUCACUCCCAAACCUUGCCACUAACGCAAAGAUCCUGGCAGAUGCCUUCUCCAAGGAUGCAGUCUCCAGGAACGCCAACCUUCUCAGAACCCUGCAGCCCCAUCAUGGAGUUCAUCCCCCAGAGUCCUAUCCACAAUGCGGGAGACAUGAGGAUACAAACAUUGAAGCGGUCGGCCACCAUUGGUGGGUUUGGGCGCCGCGCGGUGCGGUCUCCGAGCUUCCUUGCAGGACGGCGACCUAGCCUGCUGAGGGGUUCCCGACAGAGGAGGUCAUUGAGCUCUGAUCCUGGCAACAGCCACAGGACAUCGGACAUCUCGCUGAACAGUGCACCAAUGCCGAGGAGGAGAAGGAGCGAUAAAUAUGGGUCUCUGGAUAUCAGGUCCAUGAGUCUACUGAACACCAGGCUUGAGGACUUCAAGGAUGAGUGCCAAGAGGUUCCUCCCUCGCCAUCCAACACCACAGCCUUCUAUCCUGAUGACUUCCAACAUCUCAAAGACGAGCUGGACAAGUUUGCUGGUCCCCUUUCUCUGUCACCUCCAAGCUCGGUGAACAGUCCUUCAAGGAGCCCCCCUCUGACACCUGCUUUCAGUGAGGAGAGUAUCCAUGAUGAGCCAGACCAGAUGCACAGUCUUCCGUGAGGAUAUUGUCUGAAGACAUCACUGAAGGAAUUGUCUGAAGUUAUCCUCCGAAGACGUUGUCUGAAGACAUCAUCCAAAGACGUUGUCUGAAGACAUCAUACAAAGAUGUUGUCUGAAGACAUCAUCCAAAGACGUUGUCUGAAGACGUCAUAUGAAUACAUCUUGUGAAGGCAUCAUCUGGAAGUGAGGAUAUUGUCUGAAAACAUCACUGAAGGUAUCCUCCGAAAAGGUUGUCUGAAGACAUCAUCCAAAGACGUUGUCUUAAGACGUCAUAUGAAUACAUCUUCUGAAGGCAUCAUCUGGAAGCAUCAUCUGAAGGAAACCUAGGAGGUAUCAUCUCAGGACAUCCUGAUAAAGCCGUUGCAACAUGAUCCCGCCUGACUUUCCCUAGAGGGAUUGUUGAAGUAACACCAUGCAAGUUGCGCUCAAAGUAAUCCCCUAGAGAUUUGUCAUACAUAGGCUGUAUGACUAUGGAUCUUGCGUGACGAAAAAGCUUGUCUUAAUGCAUUCAUUGAGUCAGGAGUAGUGUAUUCCAGCACUUAGAUCGAUGCUGCGAAAUGUAGUCAAAAGUCUAUUCCUGCUCAGUGACUUUAAAGAUCUCGUUAGCAUACCAUAGAAUAGGACUGAUUAAGGAUGGUCAACACAUGAUUUCACUCUCAGCUGCAGAGCUGGUUACUGUCUGGUUUAAUUGGAAAAGGUUCUAGGAUGUUCCAUCUGCUGCCCUCGAUCAUCAGCAAUGACCUCUGCUCACGUCAAUUAGAGCGUAUUGCAUAUGCUUCUGUAUUGUCCGAGGAUCACACACAUACUCGGGCACUCUAAUUAUUCACAGGAUCGGCCGAAAUUGCAAAGCAAGCAAAAGAGUAGGUCAAGACACAGCUCUGCAUUUGUAUGGAAGACACCAUAAGUGUAUACAUGUACCAAAUGAGAAAUCUUAUUCAGUGAACUUUUGUUUGACAUCCAUCUAUUCUUCCGGGAUUUCAAACAUCACCAAAGAGUCGCUGUAUGUUGGUCCCAAGCAUCAAUUUAGAAUAUUUGGUACAAAUUUAGGUUGACAGUAUUAUAUCUGCUGCAGAAAAUAAUAUCAGGAGCUUCCUUUCCUUGAUCUUCAGCUGACAAUUAAUGAUACCUAUGAAUAUUCCAUGUAGAAGCUUUGCAUGUAUCCAUGGAAACGUCUGUUACUUUGCAAGGGUACCACAGAAUUGGUAAUGUUGACACAGAUUUUCAGCUGCAUGUUGUCUAUCUCUCAGCUGUAAUUCAUAUACAGUGAUUUGUCAUGUUAUGAUUGGUCACAUUUUAGCUUGAAGAUUUGUUUCAAUAAGUGUUCUUUUUCUUUUUUCUUUCUAUUUUCUUUCUUUCUUCCUCCAUUUACAUGUACUUCCUUUCUUUUUUCUCUCCAUCUUUCUUUCUCUCUUUCAGAAACGAAAAGUUGUGACAGAGGUUUCCAUUCCAUGAAGCUAUAACUCUUCACUGGGGGAGGGGUAUAUUUCGCCAGAUGUUAUUUUUUUUCCUUUUUUCUAAUGGCACCUUUAGCAAGAAAAGAAUAUAAAUUGUAUACCUUUAUUCCUUACAUUCUGAAUUCUCUGACGAACCUCGAAGUCCAAGUAUUUCAUUCACCGUAGAAAAAUCUGUUCUGAAAAAGCACCUUUAAUUGCCUAGCUAUUACACUGCCAUUAAUAUUUAUGUUGUAUUGAAAACUAGCAUUUGUAUUCUCACAACCUUUCUAUCUGAAAUCCUGCCUAGAAUUACAGUCAUACAUAGUUAUUUUUAAAACUUGAAGAGACACCAGUUUUAAAAUGUAUCAACUGUUAAGAUUAACCAGAUAAUGAAAGAUCUCUUUACGUAUCAUUUGAUGAUUUAAGUCCACAAUAUAUAUAUAUAAACAUCCAUUAAAGGCAUCUGUGAACCAUUAUGAGUUACAUGUAGUAUGCUUUCCAAAUUUCCCAAUAUUGUGUUGUAAUGCAAAAGAUCAAUUUUUUAAUGUUCAAAGUGAGAGAUAUUCCUUGAAUCAUUGUGGGGUUUUGAUGUCCCUCAAUUUAAGUAUUUAUCUAUCUGUUUGUACAUAAACAUGACUACUAGCUUGCCAAAUGUCUGUAUUCAGUUUAAGUUACAUUAUUAAUAAUAUUAGCACGCAAGUCCAAUGUGAGAGUAUGUGUUUUUUUAUUUUAAUGUGAAUCCAUUUUCAGUGGAAGUUUCAUUCUCUUUUUGAUUGGACAGUUUUGUAUCUUUAAAAGGGAACUAAAAUAUAUUGUUCCAAUUAUUGAAACUAAGGAGAAACUUCCUUCUGGCAAUUCAAGCUACCAGUCUAUUUUUUUUUUAAUUAAAUGAAGAAUAUUGAGAGAGAAAAUGGAUAUUCUUUAAAUUAUGCAUCAAGGCUUGGAAUAUUAUUAACUAGAUAUUUAGUUUUAACAUUUGAGCUAGUUUCAUGUACAAAAGGAUUAAAUUAUUUGAAGUACUAUUUUUGUUAUUAUACUUAACCGGAGCAGUUCACAUCUUGUAAUGUUAUCCCAAGUACAGCAUCAUUACCCUUGAUCAGUGUAAGCAGGAGGACAUUUCACAUAUGGUGAUCCUUUUACAUCUUCAUAAUUCCAUGACUUAUAACAAAAAUUAUACCAUUAUCUUGCAUGUAUCCUUGAUUUUAUAAAAAAACGUUUUAAGACCCCCUAUUUGUCAGGUACGUGCACACACAAAAAAUCACUAGGGUCCUGUUUAUAUUCAUAGGAUCAUAAGUAUUAACUUUCUAUGCAGACAAUAUUUUGAUACAUAAGUGAUUAUAGAGUGAUUUUUAAAGUUUUUAUUGCUACGUGUAAUCAGGGAGGUACCCUAGUGGUGUAAUUGAAGCAUUCUAUUUUUAUAUUCAAGUAAUCGUGAAAUAAAUGGAGUGGUUAUAUUUCUGAUACUAAUGAAAAUCAUGUAGAAUCUAGUCAUGAGAAAAUCAAUACCAGUUUGAAAUUCAGAUGAAAAUAUGCAUUAUGAUAAAUUGUGCUCUUAUUUUUCGUUACUACUUGUAUGUGACUUGUAGCUCCAAGAUAUAAAUGAAACCAUUUUAAUUACUCCUUUUAUUUGAUUAAAAUAUUAAUAUUUAUGGGAAUGCAGGGCAGGCAACAAUGUAAUUCUAAAUACAUUUGUACAUGUAUUUUUUUGAUGCAUUUCUGUGAAAUACACAAUUUUUUAUCUGCAAAGACAUAUUAAAGUAUACCAUCAACAUUUCUUUAAUAAUAUUGAAGUUGGUUUUUUUAAUAUGAUUUGUGUAAUGUCUGAACAUUUUAAGUAACAUAGUGAAAAGUUUUACUUUCAUCUCUGUCCUUUUUUAUUUUGGUCUCUCUUUCUCUCUCUGCCCCCCUCCUUUCUAUCUCUCUCUCAUUUAUCUCUGUUCACUCUUCAUUCCUAAACUGUGACUGCUAAUAUAUAAACAGUUGGAAAUUUGAAUUCAUACAUUUGCGGUUAUGAAUGUGGUCGACAUACAAAUUUUAUUGAUAACUUGAUGUAAGGUGAAACCAAAUUCAUGUGGAAAUUCAUCAAAAGAGAUGUUUUUAAGAUCAAGUUGUAGUUUUAUUUGUGUGCUUUGAAGAAGAAAAAAUGCGUUCCUGUCUUUCAAACUGCCUUGUAGCAAAUCUUGCAACCACUGGCAACGACAUACAAUGUAUAUCUGAUGAAUACCAAAUUGCCUUCUUCUUUUCCAAUAUCAAGAUCAAAAUAAGUAUGUACUCUGAAUUCUCAGAGUAAAAAAUGUGCAUCAUCUGCAAACUAGCUGCCAAAGAGGUCACAAUUCUUCUUUUUCAAAAGCUACAUUUUUUAAAACGUUUCAUCUGCAAUAAUCAAUGCUUGUAUUCUUCUCAUUAUUUAUUAUUCGAUUUCGAGUACAACUGUACAGGUAUAUUGUUUUGCACACAGUGAUUUUUAUAACUGUCUGUAAAUCUAGCUGCCUUUUUUUAAAUGCAAAAUCUUUAUGCAAUUUUUGUAAUGAAAAUGUGAUUUCCUGACUAUAUUCAGGCUGUACAAUACUACUUCUGUAUAAUUUUGCUCACGCACGAGAGAUAAAGAGCAUAGUGAUAUGUUUUGUGUAUAUUUUGCAACACUUUUUUGUAUUCUGUCCAUUUUGUACUUCAAAGAAAGCCGAAAGAGAUUUGCAAAUAAAACUCUAAAAAGAAAA